CAGAAACCAAAGAAUUGGAAAAUCGGUGAAAGUUACAGUGUAGGAGUCCAGACGGGACUGCUACCACGCCAGAAAUAGGUAGAACGUGUCACGCCAAGAGUUCGCGGAUCGGUUCACUUUCCUACGCGCGCAGCACGUGUCUCGCGAUGAAUCUUUGCCCGAUCCUUCGUUGACGUAACAGAAAUUACCCGCACGAAGAAGCAACCUGAGAGUAAAAUGAACACAAAUGUGAAACGAUUUUAUUGUGAUCUAGUCAUUUCCCGUGACGGCAUAAAUCGCGGAUGAUAGAUUAAAGAGUACAGAAAUUGUAUCUGUUUUCACAUGUACACGAUGUUUGUAUGUUUCAACGCACAUGGUGAUGAUUCCGAUGAAUCCUGGUAAAAGCCUCGUUUUAUAUUUUACUCUUCUUCCGUAUUACAAAUGUAUGUCAUGUCCCGUUCAUUUUUUCUCAGUACACAAACUUUCUUGACCUUCUAUUUCGGUGAAGGUCUUUAUUAAUUACUUUGAAUACGCUAUUAACGUUACGCAAGCUUCAAUGGAAACGAUUAUAGUUCACCGACUUAGUCGUUUGUUCCUGUAUACGGGGUGUUAAACAUAAAGUAUCGAAUGGCUUCAUGCUAUUUUUUAUUCCAUAAAAUUAAUAAUCAAAUAUACAGAUGGCAAUUUUUGGACUUUCGUAAGUCAAUCUUGCCUAUACAUAUAGAAACAUAAAUUAUAAAUUUAGGAUUCUCGACAGCAUACAUGUUUCUGAAUUCUUAAAUUCACCAUUUCGACAUUCCUCCCACCGUUUUUACGAUUCCGAUAUUAAUCAUCCCGUGUUAUUUCAAAUAUUCGAAGCCAUCACAGAACAUGAUUAAUAAUACGUAUUAAACUCUCGAUCUUAAUUUUCGAUUGUGUACGUGACGUCGAACAGGAGUGCCAUGCACGCACGAAAUUUUUCUGUCCACCCAAUAUAUGUAACGUGUCCCAGUUGCUUGGUUCACUUCAAGCACAUGCAAACCAGUUCCGAUGCACCGUGUCUGUGCAAAUACUUUCAGCCGGCCGACGCGACGCGGCCUGCGUUUCUCACUUGAGAACGCGUACAGGCUUACGAUUCGAAACAGCUUGCGCGAUUCGCGCGUUUUGGGGAAUUUCCUAUCGUACAUGGCGACACAGUUCUUUCAGCCUACUUCGACACUUGAGUUUCUCUUUUUUGUUUACCCGCCACAUCUAGUCGUUUUUCAAGUCCAUCCAUGUCUGUCUAACCCCUAUUUAUUAUCGGUUCUUAGAAUCUCAUGAAAUCGUUAAUGAAAUUUACAUAAAACAAGCAACCAGAAAAUUCCAAUCUAAUUGAGUUCUGUUGAUUCAUAUCUCCCUAGGAAUUGUAGUAAAAAAAGAUUUCAUUCUCCGAUUUCCGUAGAUACCAGCAGAUACCAGCUUUCAUUUAUUCAACAACAUAAAUAACUUGAUAGUUUCCAAUGUGUUUCAGUUUACGUUUUAGUCUACUAUCGGGUUUGAUAUAUUAAUUCAUAAUGCUGCUGGCAUUAUGUUUGAUUUCGUCCAUUUUUUAUUAUGCCUGAUGUUUUGUAUCAAUAUUUCAAUAGAGGUAGAAGUGAGCAAAAUUUGAUAAAAUGAACAAGUUCGUAAUCUGAGCAAUGGCGAUCGGAGGGUUAAAGCGAUCCACUGUUAUGAAUAUCCUCCUGACUAAUUAGAUGGUAGAGUGUGUACGAUGUGAAACCACUGUUAAGGAAUUCUACGCAUUGGUACUAAUAUCUAGGCUGGUUGAAACGUACCCGUUCUUCCUCCAUGAGUAUCGAGGGCCGCAGGAAAAAAAGAGGCAGAAGUCGCGCGUACGAGCGUUCGUUUCCGUGAAUGCCGUGUACGCUCUACAAGAUCGCUUUUCGGCGGUCAUUGAGCGACCAAGCCGGUCGUCGCUCAACCUACCUACCUACCGGCCAGAUCAAUAGUAGGUCAAUGGAAUUCAUUCGGCCGGACCACGUUCGCCAGUAUUGACCCACCCGAUCCUCCUUACGAUCUUGGAACCCAACAUAACCAAGCAAGGUGGAAUAACGUUACUCGACACGUCAUGUGUUUCGUAGCAAGAUGUAUAGAUUGUAUAAGGUACUUCAGAUAGUUCUCAGGAUGUAACAUUUUUCUGAGUUCAAGCGGAAGUAAUAAAUGAUGUAAAUGAGGUGUAAUAGUAGUAGUAAUCAGUUUCUAUAAUGUUGAUUGAUUUUGUAUUGAAGUUUCUUUCUCUUCACUGUAAAUUAAUUGAUAUUGAACAUUUUACGUAAGAAGAAUAAGGUUUAAAAGAAGAAUUGGAGGAAGUAGAGUACCAGUGAAAUUGCCCUCUUUCACAGCCACAUUCUGUAACUAUGCAUAACUCACUUACUUCUAUAAUUAUCCGUAAUCUAGAAGGUGUUUCAAGCGUGCUGUGAAAUAUGUUGUUGCUACGUUUCCGGUUUCCCGUUUCAAGGUCGCAUUUUCCUAGCCGAGAAGAAACGACACUGAAAUCAUUUUUCCUUGACAAAAACAUUGAUCGAUGAAAAUUGUGCCUGUAGCCACGCGAUGAUACGCUUAUCGACCGUUCUUCUCGAAUGUAGGUUGUCGAAGUGACGCUGGAGUCGUCGAUCCCGAUAAUGGGAACACCUUCACCAACAAUCUAUUAGUGAAAACUCCGGUGUGGAGCCUGGCUGAGAAUUCGUAACAGUGUGAUGUCCAUGAUAGAGCUAUUACAUUCAUCAACAAGAACUAAAGAAUUAUUAUUUGCAGAUGAAGUUUGUAGAUAACUCCAGAAUGAUGUAACGAAUUUAUUCUAACAAGUAGAACAACUAACAACACUUGUUCCUUUGCAAAAGCUUACUAAAAAUAUAAUCACGAUUAAUUAAAGGAGAAACGCAAUGCAAUUAAAGUAUCCUCCAAGUACAUUACGACGCUAUUUAAACGAAAAAUAUGAACACAGCGACAGACACUGAUUGGAAAGACUCGGCGAUCAUCUUGGAUUUUGCUCCAGAUCGCUGUGUAAUAAUUACUUCCUCUUCCCAACCGAGUCAAAUCUCUAAUUUUGCUGCGAUCUUCCACGAUAAUUAACCUCGAUAUGAAAAGUAACGAACAGAUAGUAUUACUUAAUAUUCCACACAGUGGACUUUUUCAUUUAGCGCUUCGUUUUUCACGGAACGCUCUGAAUUUCACUCUCGCGUUCCACUUUUUUACUUUUGUCUUAUGUUUUGCAUUUAUUCGAAUAUACAGUGACUCUUUGGUAGCCGAUUACGACCGCAAGAAGCAAUCCUAGACGUCCCGCGGCUAUAAUCGAGAGAUAAUCGAAACGGGAUCACUUGCGAACUCGCACCAGACCGGUCUGAUGGCACAUAAACAGCAAUCUGCAACGGUCCAAUGAUUUGCAGUUUCUGUUGAAUCCAUAGAAGAAGUUUAACGAGAAACGACGACAUUUGUCGCAAGUUUGCGAAUUCUUUUUGUCUGUCACGACAGUUACAAUGGAUACUUGUUAACGGUUUAAUAUGUUACAUAGAAAAUUGUUUAUCUAGUACCGUUGCAGUAGCUUUUUAACUUCUAAAGUAAUUGUUAGGCUCGAGUCCUCUCAGAUACAACAAUAAAACGAGUUAAUAAUAUCUAGCGCUAUUCAUAAUCCUGCCAUUAAAUGCAAGUAAGCUUUAAGUUAAUGCUUAAUGAGUUUAUAUACCCGUAAUAUUCAUAAUAGCAGCAACAAACUGAAUCACAGAGGUUCCAGUGCUUGGUAUAACUUGUAAUUUUCAUAUCAGCGUCGAGUGCCGUCGCACGUGACCAAAAUGCCUCGGUGACCAUAAUGCGAUUCACGCGGUUUAACUCGACUGAAAACGUUGCGAAGAGAAGUUGACAGGUUUCCCAGCCGCUUUCACCGUGCGCAUUGCCAAGGAGCUUGGAUUGACGGUGCAUACAAAGUCCGAAAUCUUCGUCAACGCCUUUUAACACGCGCGCGCGUGUAGCUGGACGCGUGGCCGGUUGCAGUCGGAGAGGAGACGAUAAUGACCUUCCACGGAGCGGCCGUAGACGGAGUAGGAGGGUCUUUGACACACUUGACGCUCAGGUGAAUUGUAACCGAGAACCGAGAAGCUUGUGGUUAGUUUUGAGCGGGAGAUCGAACGGAACGCGUCUCGCGAGAAGGAACGGAGAAGGCGAACAAGUUGGGCGAAGAUGAUGUGACAUGCCGGCUAAAUGACACGGACAUGUCGAACGAAUCGAUAAACAAUUUACGAUGCGACUGGAUUGUUUGAAAUCGAAGGAAGGAAUCGCCGAUCCCUAAAACGUUUGAAGGAGGUGUGAUCCAUUCAGAUUGAUAUCGAGGUCGUGAUCAUUGGAGGGGGCAACGGAAGUGAUAAAAGGUGCACGUGGAUAGGGUAAUAUCGGUGUGACGAAAUCAAAAGUGUAUUAAUCGUCGUUCUGAUUUCUGGUCUAUACACGCUUCAACUAUCUAUAUCUUUGAUUGUGCUAAAUCUUGUUCAAUCAGAUACAAGUGAAGUUCUAUUUAAAUAUUUAAAAAAUACUUAUCCGGUGAAAUCUAGUCUUCGUCAAGGAUGCAUUUAAGAUCCGUGAUCGUGAUCGUAUAUUUGUGCGUGGUGCAUGCAAACUGCCAGUUUUUCGAUGUUAAGAAUUUGAAGAAUUACGCAAAGAUAUUUAACUUCAGUGGUUUGUCGCUAAACCAGACUGAGAAUGAAUUGUGGAAAGGAUUGAUCAGGGACUGUGAUCGAUCCGUAACGUUCUCCUGCAUACAGAAAAAUGCUUACACAUACCUAGACAAUGUUUUCGUGGAGAGAGACAAUAUCACAGUGUUUGAGGGUUUGACUAUGACGAAAAAUAAUUUGGAUUAUGGAACGUGUCGCAGGAAGAGUGAUCAAGAUGAUUCCAUGGAUGAGAAUCUGGUGGAAAGGUCCAGUAAGGAUAAUUGCGAUGAAGAGGAAAGUGAAGAGGAGAAGGGAGAGGAAAGAGGUCGACAGUUCGGCGAGGAGCAGUCACCUUUGGAGGAAGUGACUAACGCGCUGCGGAAGAGGGCGAUGAAAUUUCUCGCGACCAGGGAUUAUCAGAUUCAAUUACCCGAUUUUUUCUUCGAAGGAGCCACGAUUCGAAUAAGUCCUCGUGAGAUUGAUGAAAAUGGCGCUUUGGUUAGAGUAGACUUCGGUCAGCAAGGCCUAGAAAGCCAAGGAAGAAUCUUCAAGAAAAUUAGAAAAUUUAUACAGAACAAGCUGAUGACAAGCUUGUUAGCCCUGUUGCUCAUCAUCAAGCUGAUCAAAUUGAAGUUCAUGUUCGUGAUACCGUUCCUGUUCGGCGUCGGCACAGCGAAGAAGCUCUUCCUCAAAUUGUUACUUUUCUUUAUCCCAGCAUUUGCGCACGUUUUUAAGCUAUGCUCGAGCUACUAUUCUGCGCACAGUACAAAGUAUCACCACCAUCAUCAUCAGGUAGCGCAUCAUCAUCACCACGUACCAGUUCCAGUACCAGUUCCAACUUACUACAACCAUCACCAUCACGACGAUGAAUUCGAUGGCUACGAUUAUGCUCAUCCUCAUAUUCAAUAUCGAAAAGACAUCGAGGAAUUGAAGGAAUGGGGCAUCGAACCUUACGAAGAGCCUUACGAAGUUCAAACCGAGCCUGUAGGAGCUGGCACGGUGCCAGCUCGACCUCCACCAGGAGUGCUGCCGGCGCCAUUCCCAGCGCCCACUUACUCUGGAACGUAUGGUAUUCCUCAGUAUGCGCCAAACGCGCAGCCAAUAGCUUCUCCGUAUUUAGAAAAACGUCCACUGACAUCUGCUCAUAAUCUGGCCUACUCAGCAUACGUUGAUAAUAAUCGUAGAACAGUUGUUCAACCAGCUUCGCCAACUGUCGUCAAUGUCCCUUUAAAUCCUGCAAAUCUGCCGUCAACGAUGUUGCCAACUGCGACAAAUAUAAAGAAUUCGUACAUUGCGUUUGGACAGCAAAAUGCGAGACAAGUUUCGGCGAAGAGCAGUCAGAUAGAUUCGAAAGCAACAGUGGUUACGCAACGAUCAGGAUACGACGAUGAAUAUUAUGGACCGAUAAUUAACAGACUUGAAGAUAUAUUUAAGCAACUUAGAUUCGUCGAAGAAAGUUGCAAAGAGAGGCUCGUGUGCAGUAUGUACAAGAAUCCGGCUGUGUAUACGCCGCACAGCAACCUCGUUUCGAACGAACUGUCCAGAGAUCCACAGGAGUUGAAACGUACGGGGACCGAAAGCUCGUCCAGCAAGAAGUUCCACAGAUAUUUCAACGCGGCUAGAUUGGGUCAAGAUGGUGGAGAUUGCUUGAGAAUGUAUCCAUGUCACAUAAAUACCGAAUAAACUCGGUGUGAAUUUUUGUUACUAAGUAAUGAAGAAUUGUCGUGGGGACAAGAACAUAUGUUGAAGUCACCAACUUCUGGCAUCACAUCGCCACGCGUUGAAGUCUCCGACAUGGGUACGACUGGUGGGUCUGUUCCGCUAGGCGUUAUCAAGACGGCCACGGACACGGCUGUAGGCUAUUAGUUAGUGUCAAGGCCAUGAAUUGAUUAUUUGGGUAGAGAAUGUCAGAUAAUUUUACGUCCAAUUUAUUAAAGUAUUCUAUGAUACUUUUGAAUAAGGACACUUUUUGUAAUAUGUAAAAGUACUUCGAUUGUUCCUUGUGAAGCUUAGUGCUUGCAGUCAUGGAAGCGUUACGUGGAAUUUGUGAUGGGACGAAUACUAAAUCGAGAAGAAACGAGCUUUCUAUUCGAUUUCAUUAAAUACUUUCUAUUAGGAAUGUAAAUACAAGAUCUUUUUGGAGUUUUUGUUACGAAGUGUUUCUUAAGCACUUGUUCAAUCUUCGGUACUAUCUGAAGCAGAAUGAAAUUUUCUGAUGAAAUGUCAAACUUCGUUCUUUUGACACUUUGUCAGAAAAGUAACAGAAAUGUAACUCUUAGAUAACAAUCCUCGAUCAUGCACUGGAUUGUGUGAUUAUGAUAGUUUCACGUUUCUCCAAGUACUACUGCUCAAUAGUAGAUUUUCUUACAUAUUUUAUGCAAUUAAAAAUAUUUUCUCUGUGACAUUUUACCCAGUACGAUAUCGUUGUGUAGUCACAAGAAAGUGGUAAUUUAUGUAUGUGUAAUUUAUAAAUAAUUUAAUUCAAAUGUAAGUCGAUACAUUACGAUAUACGUGCGAAUGGAUCGAAUACGGGAAUCUUAAUACUACAUCCAAUGAUUUAUUUAUUUUUAGAAAUGAUUAUUUAUUAUUACCUUCUCGGGUGCCAUACCCAACUAUUAUUUAUUGUACGCGUUAACAACUAGGUUAUGUAUAGUCUGUAAGUUAUGUAUUGUACAAAGAUAAACUAAUACUUCGAUUACACUACCUCGAAGUUGUAACGUAUAUUAUUGUUUCGUUCGUAAUAAAUGAU